AUGUCGGAACAGAAUUUGCUCACGCACUCUCGUAAUCAGAAAACAACACCUUUUGGAACAUUUGAUCAGACAUUUGCACAUCGGAUUAUAUCAAAAGAUCCAGAUCCCGAGGCCGAUCAACCGCGACAGGCGUGGUCUAACCAGUUGGAAUUCAUUCUGACAUGUGUAGGAUACGCUGUUGGACUUGGUAACGUAUGGAGGUUUCCGUACCUAUGUUUCAAGAAUGGUGGAGGUGCGUUUUUGAUUCCAUAUUGCAUCUGUCUAUUUUUGGUUGGAAUCCCUAUAUUUUAUCUCGAGCUCAGUUUGGGACAGUUUGCAAGCCUUGGACCUCUAAAAGUAUGGAGUCUAAACCCGUCACUAAAAGGUCUCGGUAUGUGUUUGGUCAUAGUUCCUGCCAUAAUCGCCAUUUACUACAACGUUGUCAUUGCUUACUGCAUCUAUUUCUUCUUUGCGUCGAUGACGUCAUCACUUCCAUGGGUUGCGUGUGACAAUACUUGGAACACAUGUGACUGUAAUGACGGUUCAUUAAAUUUAUCCCUAAGUGAUCCAUGGCAAGGCUCAAGGCCGGACUGCUUAAAUCACACCAUCAAUAAAACAUCGAGUCCGAGCGAGGAAUAUUUCUUCGAGAAGGUACUAGGAGUGACGGGUGGUGUUGGUGAACCCGGUAACGUGAAAUGGGACGUGAUGCUAUGUAACCUGCUAGCAUGGCUGAUUGUCUUCCUGGUGCUUUCCAAGGGUAUUCAGUCUCUGGGAAAGGUUGUUUAUUUUUCGGCUAUAUUCCCGUACGUCCUGUUGACAGUUAUGUUAGUCCGAGGACUCACCCUAGAUGGUUACUACGAUGGUGUUAUGUUCUACAUCACCCCUGACUGGGAUAAAGUUAGCGAUCCGAAUGUUUGGAGCGAUGCAGCCACACAGAUUUUCUUCUCUCUCAGCGCUUGUCAAGGUGGACUUAUUGCGAUGGCUAGUUAUAACAAAUUCAACAACCUUACCCUAAGGGAUGCACUCAUUGUUCCAAUCAUCAACUGUUUGACGAGUUUUUAUGCCGGUUUUGCCAUUUUCUCCGUUCUGGGAUUCAUGGCCUAUUCCAAAGGCGUGUCUGUUGCUGACGUUGCUGCUGGAGGACCAGGUCUAGUAUUUGUUGUGUAUCCAGAAGGCCUUGCACAGAUGUCCGUACCCACAUUAUGGGCCAUCCUCUUCUUCUUCAUGAUGAUGACCCUUGGCUUUAGCUCUCAGUUUUCGAUUGUGGAAGCAGUUUUAACCGGUCUCAUGGAUCAAUUUAGUCGUACCCUUAACACUCGGUGGCGAAAAAUUGGUUUCCGGUUGUUGAUAUGCCUGACAGGUUUCUUGCUUGGACUUCCAAUGGUUACAGAGGGGGGCUACUACAUGUUUGAGUUGACAGACCAUUUCAUCAGUGGGUUCCCCAUGCUUUUCAUCGGACUUACUGAGCUGAUUGCCAUUAAUUAUAUUUACGGAUUUGGGAAUUUUAAAAAAGACAUUGAAAUGAUGAUUGGCAGAAACAUCUGUGUCACAAUUAGUUUUUAUUUCUUUGGACUGAUGUGGUGUGUUGUUUCUCCUAUAGGUUUGACGACGGUUAUAAUAGCGAAGAUCAUUGAGUCGGAGCCUUUUGUGUCCGACGGAUAUCGGUACCCAGACUGGGCCCAGGCCAUAGGAUGGAUGAUCGUUGCUGCCGCUCUUAUCUGCAUGCCCCUUUGGUAUAUUGUAUACUUGUGGAGGAAUGGUCUGGGUUCGCUCUGCCGAAAAAUCAAUUCGCCUUCGAGUACAUGGGGACCUGCUCUUCCUGAAAAUAGAACCGGUCCAAGAUAUUCUAAAACGGUCGAGAUGUCCCCUGUAGAUCUGGAGGGAGGCGUAUAUCAGCCAAAAGGCCAGGUCAUAUCUUUUGAACCAGGAGAACCACGCGGCUACGGGAAUGGUGCCUUCACUCGAACUACAACAGAACCUUCCGCACCCGAGCUGCCGAAUGGGGGAACAAAUACAUCAUACGAACCUGACAAUAACGGAUAUGUUAACGCAGCCUUCUCUCAUCAGGAAACAUCGGAAAAACCAGACAACACGACAAAAUUUUGA